CCGCUCCACCUCCAUCACUCUCCAUCUCCGCAUUCCCGAAUGGAGUGACGAGCUCGCUGACUGCCCGAUUGGCCGAGGCUCCCGGCCGCAUUUCACCAUUUAUGGGCUGAUUGGCACUCGAUCCGAAAACCAUUCAAAAAAACCUCUGUGUGGCUGCGAACAGCCCGUGGAAUCACCCGGAGCUAGAGCACCGAUUCAGCAGUAACCUUGGCAUUAAACACACCGGCCCGGCUUCCUGUCACAAACAUGGACACAUCCCCGGUCCACUGAUGCUUUCAGCGCAAGUUUCAGCUGUAGAUGGAGUUCCGCACCAUCUCCCAGACACGGGAUCGCCGGUGAAGAAACACUCAGUAAUCUAGCACCGCCCCGAACAGGAGACGUCUCCUCGGACAUAAACACGAGAAAACAACAUGGGGAGUAAAGGCCACUACCGGUAUCACUGGCAAAGUCACAAUGUCAAGCAGAGUGGAGUGGAUGACAUGGUGCUUCUCUCGAAGAUCACUGAAGAUGGCAUUGUCGAUAAUCUCAAGAAGCGAUACAUGGAUGAUUAUAUUUUUACAUAUAUCGGGCCUGUGCUUAUCUCCAUUAACCCAUUCAAACAAAUGCCGUACUUCGGAGAUAAAGAAAUUGAAAUGUAUCAAGGAGCAGCUCCUUAUGAAAAUCCACCCCAUAUCUAUGCCUUGGCGGAUACUAUGUUUCGUAACAUGAUUAUUGAUGUGGAAAAUCAGUGUGUCAUUAUCAGUGGUGAAAGUGGGGCUGGGAAGACUGUGGCUGCAAAAUACAUCAUGGGAUACAUUUCCAGGGUUUCUGGUGGUGGGCCUAAAGUGCAGCAUAUCAAAGAUAUAAUUCUUCAAUCAAAUCCCCUCCUAGAAGCAUUUGGAAAUGCAAAGACAGUGAGAAACAAUAACUCCAGCAGAUUUGGGAAAUACUUUGAAAUCCAGUUUAGUCCAGGUGGGGAGCCAGAUGGUGGAAAAAUCUCCAAUUUCCUCCUGGAAAAAUCCAGGGUUGUUGCACGAAACCUCGGAGAACGCAGCUUCCACAUUUUUUACCAGCUUAUUGAGGGUGCAUCUGCAGACCAAAAGUCCAAUUUGGGAAUCACUAGUCUUGAAUACUAUUUUUACCUCAACCAAUCUGACUCCUACAAAGUGGAAGACAUUAACGAUCGGAAGGAUUUUCAAGAAACCCUGCAUGCUAUGAAUGUGAUAGGAAUCUUCACUGAAGAGCAGUCCAUGGUUCUCCAAAUAGUAGCCGGUGUGCUUCACUUGGGAAAUCUUACCUUUAAAGAGGUUGGCAAUUAUGCAGCCGUGGAAAGCGAGGAAUUCCUGGCCUUCCCCGCAUUCCUACUUGGAAUUAACCAGGAACGACUGAAGGAAAAGCUGACCAGCAGGAAAAUGGACGGCAAGUGGGGAGGACAAUCGGAAACCAUUAAUGUGACGUUAAACGUGGAUCAAGCCUGCUAUACCAGGGACGCCCUCUCCAAAGCUCUUCAUUCACGCGUCUUUGACUAUUUGGUCGACUCCAUCAACAAGGCGAUGGAGAAGGACCACGAUGAGUUCAACAUCGGUGUUCUUGACAUCUACGGCUUUGAGAUUUUCCAGAAAAACGGCUUUGAGCAGUUUUGCAUCAACUUUGUGAAUGAAAAGCUCCAGCAGAUAUUUAUUGAGCUCACGUUGAAAGCUGAGCAGGAAGAAUACGUUCAAGAAGGAAUUAAAUGGACAGCAAUUGACUAUUUCAAUAAUAAAAUAGUCUGCGAUCUUAUAGAGAACAAAGUUAACCCACCGGGCAUUUUGAGCAUCCUGGAUGAUGUCUGUGCAACAAUGCACGCAACUGGGGAGGGAGCAGAUCAGACGUUGCUGCAGAAAUUGCAGAUGCAGAUUGGAACACACGAGCACUUCAACAGCUGGAACCAGGGUUUCAUCAUUCAUCACUACGCAGGCAAGGUGUCCUAUAAUGUGGAGGGAUUCUGUGAGCGUAAUCGAGACGUUCUUUUCACCGACCUGAUUGAACUCAUGCAGAGCAGUGAGCACCCUUUCAUCCGUGUGCUUUUCCAUGAAAAUCUACAAGCAGAAAAGAAAGGUCGCCCCACCACAGCUGGAAGCAAAAUUAAGAAACAAGCCAAUGACCUGGUGGGCACGCUGAUGAAGUGUACCCCGCACUAUAUCCGCUGCAUCAAACCCAACGAAACCAAGAAGCCCAGAGACUGGGAAGAGAGUAGAGUUAAGCACCAAGUGGAAUACCUGGGUUUGAAAGAAAACAUCCGGGUACGACGAGCAGGCUACGCAUACAGACGAGUCUUUAAGAAGUUCUUGCACAGGUAUGCCAUCCUGACUAAAGAGACGUGGCCUUCCUGGAGAGGAGAUGAGAAGCAAGGAGUGGUCUAUCUCCUCCGAUCUGUCAACAUGGACCCAGAUCAAUACCAGAUGGGGAAAAGCAAAGUCUUUGUUAAAGCUCCUGAAUCGCUGUUUUUACUCGAGGAGAUGCGGGAGAGAAAGUAUGAUGCAUACGCCCGGGCUAUUCAGAAGGCAUGGAGGAAGUACGCUGCAAGAAAGAAAUAUGUGCAAAUGAGAGAGCAAGCAUCUGACUUGCUGCUCAAUAAGAAGGAGAGACGGAGAAACAGCAUCAACAGGAACUUUGUCGGCGAUUACAUCGGAAUGGAAGAUCGGCCGGAACUGCGGCAGUUUAUAGGGAAAAGGGAGAAGGUGGAAUUUGCAGAUACUGUCACCAAAUAUGACCGAAGGUUUAAGAGUAUAAAGCGUGACCUCGUCCUCACCCCCAAGUUUGUGUACCUCAUUGGACGAGAGAAGGUAACGGAAGGUUCGGCCAAGGGCCAGGUGAAGGAAGUGCUGAAACGAAAGAUCGACUUGGAGCGGAUCCUCACCGUCUCACUGAGCACCAUGCAGGACGACUUCUUCAUCCUCCAUGAGCAGGAGUACGACAGUCUGCUGGAGUCGGUCUUCAAAACUGAAUUCAUCAGCCUGUUAUCCAAGCGCUACGAAGAGAGGAUGCAAAGGAAGCUGCCUCUGCGUUUCAGUAACACACUCGAAAUGAAGGUGAGGAAGGAUAACUGGGGUCCCUGGAACGCUGGGAGUUCGCGGCAAGUUCAGUUUAUCCAAGGACACGGACAGGAGGCUGUACUGAAGCCCAGCAGCAAAACCCUGCAGAUCCGCAUCGGGCCAGGGCUGCCGAAAAACUCGCGGCCCACAAAAAGGGAACCGAUGCUGAACAGACAACAAACUACAAGGCCACAAAUGACAGCCUACCCAAUGCGAGCUGCUCCACCACCUCCAGGUGUGCACCAGAACGGAGUUGUCAAAGGCCCACAGAACAAUUCCCAGCCUCCGCUUCACCGACCCAGCCAACGAACACCGCACCAGAGCUCACCGGCUGGGCGUCCGACUCUGCCCAGACCAGGCACACAUCUAACGGGGAAGAACGCCCGUCUCCAAAACAAUCUGGACUUCUUGAGAGUGCCCGAGCAGGGCGCUGCAGGUAACCGUACUGGAAUGACACGAACAAGUGAAGGAAAGGCGCACAGGCAGACGACCAGCCGGCCACCCCCAGCAGGAGGUCGACCAAAGCCCAAACCCAAGCCCAAGCCUCAGGUACCACAGUGCAAGGCGCUGUAUGCGUAUGAUGCUCAGGACACAGAUGAACUUAGCUUUAAUGCUGACGACGUUAUAGAAAUAGUAAAAGAAGAUCCUUCAGGCUGGUGGAUCGGUCGACUAAGAGGGAAACAAGGACUGUUCCCCAACAACUACGUUGCCAAGAUAUAAAAGCAGUUAUUAGAAUAUACAGAUAAAGAAAAUGGAAGUAUAGCACAGACACCAACCGUACAGUGUGACAUUGAAACACUGUAUAUGUUUGUAAAUGUAUGCAUCAGAGCUGUAGUCCUGAUCUACUCUUGUGAUAAAACUGAAGGAGCUGUAAUUUAUUGUAUUUAUACAUUUCCCAAUACUGGAUGUAGUUUAGAAGAAUGUUGCAGUUAAGUUGGACCAUAAAAUAACUACAUAGGGGGUUCUUAUUUUUGCUUUAUCCUUUAUCAAUUAAAGCUUUACUUUUUUAUAAUUUUAGUGAUCUGCUAUUUCUUCAGGAACAUUAGUGAUUAAAUAUAAAAACUUCCCACUAGAAGUACAUUCUAAGUUGGGAAAAACACUGAACUUUGCUGCUGACUCAUGUAUGAAGAAUGUUUGCUGCACUUAACACCCAGAGGAAUGGAGUGUUCUCUCGAAAAUAAUUUAAAAUUAUUAAAAACAAACUUUCUACCAGGGUCCACACCAGUACUGCAGACUGUAUUUUGACCAGACUGCUUAGUACAAAAAAAGAAACAAUUGCAAUGUAGUGCCUUAUUGCAUAAAUGUGGCUGGUCCAUGUUAAAUGCUGUAUUUGAACUGAAGUUACAGAAAUGUUUUGCUUUCCCCUUUUACCGUAUUAAAAAAAACUGGAUUCUGAAA